AUGGCUUCACUGGAAAAGCAUAGUUCUACAAUUAUGCCCCCGGCGACUCCUGUAUCGGCACGCCUAUCGAACUCAUCUUAUAGCAAGCGCAUUGCAGAGCAAGCAGCCAACCAACCAACUAAUCGCCAACCACCCAACGGGCAUCUCCACAAACAACCAACCACACCACUCCUACGAAGCUGCUAUGACGACGCCACCCCAACACAACAGAGCACAAGCAGCAUUAUUCUGACAGGCUUCGUGCGCCCACUGAAGCUACUUGUACUUUCACCGGUCGUCUUUUUCUUUUCCUUAUAUAUAUCCUUUGUUUUUGGCGUCGUUUAUCUUUUGUAUACUACGAUCCCAAGCGUCUUCACAACACAAUACAGUUUCGACCCAAGUCAGAUCGGUCUCGUCUAUCUAGCUCUAGGCGCUGGGAACAUUCUUGGAUGGCUUGUUACCACACUUUACUCUGACAAGCUUGUAGUGAAGCUUGCAAAAGCCAAUGGCGGUGUAUUCGAACCAGAGAUGCGUCUUCUCAUUAGCAUCUAUUUUGGAGUAUUUCUUCCAGUCACCCUCUUCUGGUAUGGGUGGAGCGCAUAUUAUAAUGCGCCACUAGCAUCGACCAUAAUAGGACUGAUACCCUAUGGAUUCGGCAUCAUGGGGCUAUUUCUUCCUAUUACAACGUACAUUUUGGACAGUUAUCCGCUUUAUGCGACUUCUGCCAUUGCAGCCAAUGUCAUUUUGAGAAGCGCUGUCGGUGCACUAUUGCCACUAGCUGGACCCCCAAUGUACGCAUCACUUGGACUUGGAUGA